CUGAGACCCAGUGACAGGCAAUACCCUGACCGGAGAGUAGAGUUGGACAUACCCACUGAAGCAGACAACAGCUCAACUCGGGACAGACUUUGAAUAACUAUUCGGCGACGGAACUUUUUUGUUUUUAAAGUAAACAGACAACGAGGGAGAUUUUACGCACUAAAAAUGCAGUCCCUCUGUCACCAACUACUCAGCUUGCUGUUCGUUUUCAGCAGCCUUCAGAUUCAUCAACUCACAGAGGCUUGCUCGUGUGCUCUGUCUCACCCGCAAGAUGCGUACUGCAACUCUGACAUUGUGAUCCGUGCCAAAGUGGUGGGCAAGAAGUUACUGAAGGAUGGGCCUUUUGGCACAAUGCGCUACACGGUCAAACAGAUGAAGAUGUACAAAGGAUUCAACAAAAUGCAGCACGUUCAGCACAUCUACACAGAUGCCUCUGAGAGUUUGUGUGGAGUCAAGUUCGACAUCAACAAGUACCAGUAUCUGAUCACAGGCCGCGUGUUUGACGGCAAGGUCUACACCGGGCUGUGUAAUUUCAACCAGCCAUGGGAGCGCCUCUCGCUGGCCCAGAAGAAGGGCAUCAACCACCGCUACCAGCUGGGCUGCAACUGCAGGAUUAAGCCCUGCCACUACCUGCCCUGCUUUGUGACCUCAAAGAACGAGUGCCUGUGGACGGACAUGCUGUCCCACUUCGGCUACCCCGGCUACCAGUCCCGGCACUACGCCUGUAUCCAGCAGAAAGAGGGCUACUGCAGCUGGUACCGGGGGAUGGCCGGCCGUGACAAAACCACCAUCAACUCCACCGACCCCUGAGCGUAAACCACAACCAACCCCCAAAACCAUCACAACUUUCUUGAGUUUCUUCUCCUCUUCCUCUCACUCUUCUACACCUAUCCCAAACUCCCCCACGGCCCUCGUCAACCACAGAGUAUUACAGAACUCUUAAAACGUACAGUACUAGCCCCAAGUGACCACUCCUACGCCCUCUGACGAAAUAUACAAGACCUAAAAUAAUCAGUGCCUGGCUGUCUCAUAGAAGUAGCACUUCUGAUGUAAACAAUACCUUUUUUGUUUCAUGCUGUACAUUUCAGUUUCUCCCACCUAACUUUUCCUACAUUUCCCUAGCUAUCAAUGAGCAGAAAUUAGACCCGAUCCCAGUCCACUUUUUUCAGACUGCAAUAACAAUGGCCCUCUAAAAAGCAAGACCUUUUUCAAACUAUCGUAAGGCUUAUUAUGGGUGGGAUGGCAUUUCAGAAUGGCAGUUUCCAGCAAUACAUAAUGAUGAAAAUUAUUCUAAUAUUAAGUGUGUGGUGCAGUAUCAACAAAGCUCCUGCAACAUAAUGUUAUCCUCAACACAAGUUAUGCACAGUAACCAGACACCUUGUCACCAGUACGAGGGCAAUGCCAACACGAGGUAUGACCUCUGAAAAGCAAUACCUCUUGCUCCAGUCACACAAAGGUAUUUUAUUGGUAUUUAACAAUGAUUUUGAAUCACAUGAAAGUGUAUAUGUAUAUGUUGACAGUUUAUACUGUCAACAUGUCUAUUUAUAUGAAUGAUGCAAUCUUUGCCUCCCUGACUGCUUGCACUGUAAAGUUCAUUCUAGGUUAUAUUAAAUUGCAUUUACAUUUUAGUCAUUUAGCAGAUCACACUAUAUGAAUGCAUUGCUAAUAUCGGACAAUGAAUUGAUUGAGUAUAGCUAUAUUUUCUUCUCCGUAACCACCACUAAGAAUGACCCUUACAGCUCAAGCACAGGGAAUUCUUAAUCUUUCGCAGAGAAAUGGAUGCAAGUUAUUUAAUUUUUUUGCUGUAUAUGAUAUAAGCUACAAAACAAUGAACAGUUGACUCGACUGAAACCUCUGUAGUAGAUUUAUUUAUCCUUGUUUGUCGAAUCAGACAAUAUCCAUGCAAAUACUACAAACAAAAUCAACUAUCCUACUAAAAAUAUAUAUAUAUAUAUAUAUAUAUAUCUUUGUAUCUGGCCAAAACUGUAUUACCAUCACUACCCUGUUUGGCUGUCAUGAAGGACCAGAAUCCCAAAUUGUGUUUGUAAAGCAUUGAUUUAAUGUUAGUUCUGUGUUAGAUCCGCCUUCAGCAGAUUUUGAAUGAUGGUACUUUUGCCCAAUCACAGUUCCCCUUCUGGUUCUCACGAGGGAAGGAACAUUUUAAAGCAGAGGUUUCAGACAAAAAAAGUGUUUUCAUAAAUGUAUAUUCCAUUUGUGUAAGUAUUUAACUAUUUCAGAUGAAACUGAUGAAAAUAACACUAUUGUCACUAAACUCUUCUACUUUUGUUGAGUUUUCCAGUUCAGUAUCUUCAGUCCAUUCCGUCAGAAACAGAGAUGCCUCAGCAGGAGUUAGAAGUCUUUGCCCAGUCUCUCAGCUCUGCCCACUUUUCCAUUAUGUUCAGAAAAGGCCAUGCCAAGUUGGUGUUGAACAGAAUAGAGUACGGCCCUGACGUGACAGUUUUAGAAGGAAAUCCACAAAAAUAUAGUUUAGUCAAUUUUAUUAUUCAUGUAAUGUAUUAUAAUGUGAGGAACUAAAUCUAAAUCUUGCCUCCUCCACAAGGCACUUCUUACAUGAAACACAAUUAUUUCAGGCACUAUAUUUAUAGAAAAAAAGAAACAUCUCAUUCAACAAUGUAGAACAGAAAAUUAUAAAACAAUGUUGAAUUCAACAUUUCCGACCAUUUCAAAAGGAGAGGAGGUAGAGGUGGUUCAUCAGUCUCAUCAUGUUUCCCCACUGCUGAGCUUCUGACACCUCCUCCAGGCCUUGGCUGAGCUUGAAACACAAUCCAGAGGCUGUUCCUCAGUAGCUCCUCAGUAGUCUGAGAGGACUACUAUGCCACAGAGAUAUCACUAAAGCCUGAACGUUCCACAUCAGCAACACUGUUUUGUUCUCCUCAUGCAGUUAGAAGUAGAGCUGGUUUAGCAUUGAGAGAAUGGUGGGCUCAGUGAGUGUAGCCCAAUAGUUCCGGAAGCCAGAUAGUAUGUAGUCUUCAUGUAGAUCCAUCCUUUAGUUAGAAUACUGGGAAGGCUCCUCAGUAUGUUUAGCCUUCAUUGACACACUUCUCUGGUUCUCAGUCUUGAGUUGUUUUAAUCUCCCUCACUUGGUUUUGGAAGUUUCUCUCUUUUCGGCCUUGGCAUCUCUGUACCUGUAUUUUUUGUGGUUCAUGUUUGUGUAAAUUUACUGUCUGCUUAACACAGAAACACUUGGUCAAGUCGAUCCAGAGUGCAUUUUAAAAGGAAGCUGGCAAAAGGCUGUGUACCAUGUGUGUGUAUACACUGAUUCCUAAAAAGGGGGGCGAGCGACCGUUUCCUUGUAGGGGUUGCAGAAAUGUUUGACUUAAUUUCUGUGUUUUAUAUUUUUAUAAUAAAGAUUUAAUGAAAAAUGGA